CUCCACUAAUUAAUAUAAGCCAAUAUGAACAAAGGAAAAACUUGAUAAAGAGGAAAGUGGGAGUCAAAGUGGGAACAUAUUAUCCAUAUGUAACCAUUGUAUUCAGAUUAGGUUAUGUUAACCUGUAUACUUGCUGCUAUUCAUAACGGAAUUAAUACAAUGUGUCAAAUUGACAUACAUUUAUUGAUAUGCAUCUUUGUAUUUAUUUAAUCAUAUAUAAAUAUAUAUAUCAAUGAAUAUGGAUUACCCACAUUUUCACUCAACUUUACGUGAAACUCCAUCCUCAGAAACAUGCAUUCCAAUCCCAAGGCACAAUACAACUAUAAUAACAGAUGUUUAUGCAGGCAUUCCUGAAAAUUUAUUGCUGAAUUUUUUUGGAUUUUUGUUCCUUGUUAUCUUGUUUGGUCUAUUACGUAAAAAAGCAUGGAACUAUGGACGUCUUGCAUUAUUAAAUAAAACUGAUGAACGAUGGAUGGAAUUAUUUUAUGGAGAUAACGAGGGUAGAGAUACAGAAGCACUGUGCAUAGAAACUUCUGUUAAUUCUCAACUUUCACAAGUUGAUAGAGGUUUCUUAUCAUGGAUUGUUACUGCGUUCAAAGUUACAGAUGAGGAACUAUUAAAACGAGCCGGACCAGAUGGUUUACUGUAUAUUUCAUUUGAACGUCAUUUGAUCAUCUUAACAUGCUUAAUGGUUAUUGUAUCAUUAUGUAUUGCUUUACCAAUUAACUUUCAUGGUAAUAUGCAAGGUGAUAAUGCAACAUUUGGUCAUACAACAAUAUCAAACUUGGACCCAAUGUCUACAUGGGUUUGGGUGCAUACAAUUUUAAUUUUAUCCUACUUACCAAUUGGUGGAUAUGUCAUGAAACAUUUUUUGAAGAAGGUACGAGAUUCCAAGCAUGGUGGUGAAUUGGCAGCUAGGACAUUAUUAAUUACAGAAAUACCAAAACAACAGUGUGAUGUACAAAGUCUUAUUGAUUAUUUCAAACAAGUAUUUCCCACAUUAACAGUGGAAGAUGUCACAUUGGCUUAUGAUAUCAGACAGCUUUCUGCAUUAAAUGUAGAAAAAGAUUGUGCUGAACAGGCACGUUUAUACUGUGAAAACUAUGCAAGGAGAAGGGAGCCAUUGAAAAUGUAUCCAUAUCCAUGUGGCCAAGUGAUAGGUUGUUGUUGUAAAAAUCAAGUUGAUGCUCAAGAAUUUUAUACAAAUGAAGAAAUGCGAUUGACUGCAUUAGUCGAAGAAGAGAAGAAAGUGGCACUAAGCAGGCCUCUUGGAGUAGCUUUCGUAACUUUAGGUACAUCUGGUGCAGCUAAGGCUAUGCGGAAGUACUUAUGUUCUUUGCCAAGUACGAAAUGGGUUGUGGAUUAUGCACCUAUGCCAUCUGAUAUCUUCUGGGAAAAUUUAAGUAUACCAAGGCCAUGUUGGUAUCUGAAUGCUGUUUUAAUAAAUUUUUCACUGGGCAUUGUAUUAUUUUUUCUUACUACACCAGCUGUAAUAGUAACCGCUUUAAACAAACUACCAAUCACAGGAGAAAUUAUGAAUCUGAGUCCAAUAGUUUCAUCUUUUCUUCCAACUGUAUUGUUAGUUAGCGUGGCUGCUUUAAUGCCAGUAUUAGUAGCAAGAAGUGAAUCAUUAGUCAGACAUUGGACUAGAAGCAGCCUAAAUCGAGCAGUAAUGACAAAAACAUUACUUCUUUUAUUACUGAUGGUUCUUAUAUUACCUAGCUUAGGUCUAACCAGUGCACAAGCGUUUUUAGAGUGGACGGUAAACGCAGCAAAUGACACAGGACGAUGGGACUGUGUGUUUUUACCUGAUCAGGGUGCUUUAUUUGUAAAUUACGUAAUUACUGCAGCUUUACUUGGAAGUGGAUUGGAGUUAGUCAGGUUUCCUGAACUAGCUUUAUAUACCUUCAGAUUGUGUAUAGCACGUAGUAGGGCUGAAAGAAUACAUGUUAGAAAGGCAGUAUUAUGGGAAUUUCCCCUAGGUGCUCAUUAUGCCUGGUUACUCCUAGUCUUUACUAUGACAACAGUGUAUAGUUUGGCCUGCCCAUUAAUUACACCCUUUGGACUGUUAUAUCUCGUAGUGAAACAUUUGGUGGAUAGACAUAACUUAUGUUUUGCCUAUGGACCAAGCAUAGGUGGUGGCCAAUUAGCAGGUGCGGCAGCAAGUGCUACUGGAGCCGCACCGAUUUUGGCACAAGCUGCACUGUUAGCUCUAGGUCUGGUAAGGAGAGGUUUAUCACCAUUAGCUGCGGUACAACUCAGUGGUCUUGCUGCGAGUAUUUUAGGUCUUGUUACUGGUGCUACUUUAUCCACAUCAAAAUUUAAAGCACAAAUGCAAAAAAGAGAUCUAUCAGCUGGUCAGAAUUUCAUUGCACCCGUAUUACGAAAGAAACAAACAUCAUUAGAAGAAACUAUAUCCAUCGGUACGAAUUCUGAUCUCAGUCCACCAAGCUUAAGGAGCACUAGUGCUUCUUCAAUACAAGAUAGUCCGAAACUUUAUCAAGACUAUGGUAAAGAAUCACAAGCUUGAUAACUUUUGCAUUACAAUAUUGGAUAUUAGCCAUAUAAGCGAUGUAUUAAAACAAUUUUAUGAAAGCACAGUGGUCGAAUUGAUUAUUGAAACAUUAUGCCGUUGUGUCGUAUCACUAAAUACGACAAUAAUAUGUUUUUGAAAAAGGAAACGAAUUUAUUUUUAACAAGUAGAAAAAAUCUUUUAAAGUUAAAGUUAUAAAACAAGUUUAUAAAUGUAAUUUUUCACUUUAAAAGCCCAUAAAAAUGUUGAUAUGUGAUCAUCCGCUAUAAGAAGAGAAGCAUUUAGUACUGUUUCAUUUGCAUAUAAUAAUUACAAACAAAGUAAACGUUAAUUGUUAUAUUUUAGUAAUAAUGCAAAAAAUAACGAUAAUAAUAAUAAAAAUAAUAAUCGGUAUUAUUUAUCUGGUUCGUUUUGUUUUCUUCUUUUAAUAAGAUAUUUUUGAUCAUACACAUUUUUUAUAAACAAUUGUUAAUUAUUAAUAACAUCUAUAUGUUUAUAAUUUUAAACUUUGUGUAUGGUCAUCAUAGUCCAAUAAAGUUUUUAUAACAGUUUUAAGUAUUCACUUCAGUGAAACAAAAAAUGUCAUGAGUAUUUAUACACAGAGAGAUAAAAAGUACGCCAGUUAUAUGUUAUCGCUUAUAUUACACUGUGUGUUACUGUGUAAGUGAUGUAAUAUGGAAUUAGAAAAGGAACGUUGCACAGAGGUCCUUUUUAUCCUUGUUUGAUCAUGCAUGCACACUGACGCCGUUUGUUAAUCGGUGUUACACUUACAUAUAUAUUUACUGUACGUAUAUUUACGCGUGUGCAUCCGUUAUUACAGAAUGACACAAGUGGCCUCUAUGCAGCGUUCUCUUCCUAUUCUUAUAUCGCCUUUUCAGCUCAUUCAUGCAUUCUAUAUUUACAUCUAUAUGGUAUUAUCAGGUAUUAUAUUACGCUCACCCCACAAGAAAUGUACUCUUUUCUUUUAUUUUUCAUUGAUUAUGUACUUAUACUUAUCGUUAUCAAAAUUUAAAAAUACGUUAUAAAUUCGGAAAUAAUUGGAAUUACUAUUUGUAUUGCAAAAAAACUGUUUUGUAUCUAAUAAUUUUUUGUAGUUUCUUCUAACAGUGUGCUUAUUUAAUGUAUAUACAAUUUAAAAUACAUAAAAACGCUAUUAACAAAAUUAUAUUGAAUUCUCUGAAUAUACAAUUAGAGAUUUAAUUGAAAUUUUAUAAUGUAUAUUUUUUUCUAAUAUAUAUUAUAAAAUUUUAACCGAAUCAAAUCGAACUGAAUUAAAGAGGCACAAGAAUUUCAAUUCAAUAAGAUGAUUUAAACGUGUGAAAUAAGUUAAUUAAGAACGGUAGCGGAAUUUGCGGAACAUUAUUGAAUAUACGGUAAAGAUAUCACAACUACUAUUUUGUAAUAGCAAAUAUCUUUGAAAAUAACACAUUGUGUAAUACAAACUUUCAAAAAUUCACAAGGCAGUGUUGAUGACAGUUGUCACAAUUUAACAAAUAUAAUGACUAUUUUAUGGAUACGAUGACUUAACGGAUAAAUAUUUAAAACUACGAUGUAAAAAAGAUUAAAAGAAAAUUUUUAACUGAUGUGUACAUAUAUCUUACAAAAUAGACAUUAUGGGACCUCAAAAACUUAUUUACACGAACAUUGAAAUUAUAUAUAUAAUAUAUAUAUAAUUCAAAAUAUUGAAUUAGUAUAUAUAUAAUUAUAGAUAUUUAAUUGUAUAUCAAAACAAAAUUAAGAAAUAUAAUAUGUAUAUGCACGAA